UGUCAUCGAGCACGCGCAAAGCCUCCCCGCGCACGCUCAGUUAGCAUCCCAGUCUGGGAAACUUGCUCAAAGAGCGUUUUUAGUCGCCGCACCGGCUACCGGCGGGACGAGAUGACGUCACAGCGGCGGGACGCACGCAGGCGAAAUAGCGCUGCGAGAAGGAGAGUCUAUGAUGACUUCAUGGGGUCUGCCAAAAAUGUGAUAAAUGAAUCUACUGCCGUAGAGGACAGUUAUAACAUGAUGGCUUCCUUCCAGCGUUCUAAUAGUCAUGACAAGGUCAGAAAAAUAGUGGCUGAAGAGGGUCGCACAGCAAGGAACUUGAUUGCAUGGAGUGUGCCCCUGGAAAGCAAAGAGGAUGAUGGAAAACCAAAGUGGCAAGCAGGAGGGAAAUCUAGGAGAGUGACUCAGGGAGCUCUUAAAACUACUAAACAGAGCACUACAUCAGACUGUAAAAUAAUAUCGGCAGCUGGAGAAAAAAACUUUGAUAAAAGCCCCACGAAAACAAGGCAGCCUCGGAAAGUGGAUCUGCGAGCACGAUACUGGGCUUUCCUUUUUGACAACCUAAGACGCGCGGUUGACGAAAUCUACGUUACUUGUGAAUCUGAUCAGAGUGUAGUAGAAUGCAAGGAGGUGUUAAUGAUGCUCGAUAACUAUGUACGAGAUUUCAAGGCUUUGAUUGAUUGGAUACAGCUGCAGGAAAAGCUAGAGAAGGCAGAUGCCCAAAGCAGGCCAACUUCACUAGCAUGGGAAGUAAAGAAGAUGUCUCCGGGACGCCAUGUAAUUCCAAGCCCAUCAACUGACAGAAUCAGUGUAACGUCAAAUGCUCGAAGAAGUCUGAACUUCGGGACACCAUCUGCAGCAGUGACUUCUAAUCGUCUGGUUCCGUCAGGUGUAAGUUGGGCAGACAAAGUGAAGGCAAACCAUACAGCAACAGUUACCAGUUCAGAGAUGGCAACAACACAAAAGUGUAUGCCAACACCAGUGCAGAAAACUUCACAGAAAAAUGAGCGAAGGGAUGCUGAAGGAUGGGAAAUGGUCCAACGUGGAAGACCUGUGAGAUCCAAGUCAUCAGCUUUGGCCACCAAAACAACUUUAUCUGUAGAGUUAUCACGGUUCAAGGAUGACAGUGACAAAGAAAAUGUAGCUCUUCAUCCAUCAGAGAAUAAACAAAAGAGUUCAUUAAGUGAAGACAGUAUAUCUAAAACUAUAGAACCUAUUUUGAAAGAUUCUUGCUAUCUCUCUGAGCACCCCCUUGCUGAAAGGACUCAGUUCACAGCCCAUAUCCUUGAGGACAUCAACAUCUCUGAGAACAGUUGUUUACCAGAGAGUUCUUUGCAGCCAUUUUCCAAAGUGCCUGUUCUCGUAGACGCCGAGCAUACUUCGAAAAGUCCACAGAUGGAAGAAACAAUAUCUGCUGUCUCCAGGAGUGACAGAGAAGGUCAAACAGAAAAAAAUAAGAUUGAAAGUGAAAUGGACCCUGCAGACAUUUCAAAUUCUAUGGCUGAGGUUCUUGCUAAAAAAGAGGAGCUAGCGGAUCGCCUGGAGAAGGCCAAUGAAGAGGCCAUUGCAAGUGCCAUUGCGGAAGAAGAACAGCUAACCAGAGAGAUCGAAGCAGAGGAGAACAACGACAUAAACAUUGAAACAGACAACGACAGUGACUUUUCUGCUAGCAUGGGCAGUGGAAGUAUAUCUUUCUGUGGGCUUUCCAUGGACUGGAAUGAUGUCCUCGCAGAUUAUGAAGCUCGUGAAUCAUGGCGUCAAAAUAACACUUGGGGUGACAUAGUGGAAGAAGAGCCUGCACGUCCACCGGGUCAUGGAAUACACAUGCAUGAGAAACUAUCUUCACCAUCUCGCAAAAGGACGAUAGCGGAAUCUAAAAAGAAGCAUGAAGAAAAGCAGAUGAAAGCUCAACAGCUGAGAGAGAAGUUACGUGAGGAGAAAACACUUAAACUUCAGAAAUUAAUGGAACGGGAAAAAGAUGUACGAAAGUGGAAGGAAGAAUUGCUUGAUCAGAGGCGAAGGAUGAUGGAGGAAAAAUUACUCCAUGCGGAAUUUAAGCGUGAAGUGCAAUUGCAAGCAAUUGUGAAAAAAGCACAAGAGGAAGAAGCCAAGGUAAAUGAGAUAGCAUUUAUAAACACUUUAGAAGCCCAGAAUAAACGUCACGAUGUUUUGUCCAAACUAAAAGAGUAUGAGCAGAGGCUGAACGAACUGCAGGAAGAGCGGCAGCGACGGCAAGAGGAGAAGCAAGCUCGCGAUGAAGCUGUGCAGGAACGUAAAAGGGCUUUGGAAGCAGAACGCCAAGCCCGGGUAGAAGAGUUGCUAAUGAAAAGAAAAGAGCAAGAAGCUCGGAUUGAACAGCAGCGGCAGGAGAAGGAGAGAGCCCGGGAAGAUGCAGCACGUGAAAGAGCCAGAGAUCGAGAAGAGAGGCUAGCUGCUUUGACGGCAGCUCAACAGGAGGCUAUGGAAGAACUGCAGAAAAAGAUCCAGUUGAAGCAUGACGAGAGCAUUCGGAGGCACAUGGAGCAAAUAGAGCAGAGGAAAGAAAAAGCAGCUGAACUGAGCAGUGGAAGACAUGCAAAUACUGACUACGCCCCUAAACUUACACCAUAUGAGCGGAAAAAGCAGUGUUCGUUGUGCAAUGUCUUGAUUUCCUCAGAGGUGUAUCUCUUUAGCCACAUUAAAGGGAAAAAGCAUCAACAAGCAGUGAGAGAAAACAGCAGCAUCCAAGGACGGGAACUUUCAGAUGAAGAAGUGGAACACCUGUCACUAAAGAAGUACAUUGUGGACAUUGUGGUAGAAAGCUCAGUCCCAGCAGAGUCCUUAAAAGAUGGCGAGGAGAGACAGAAAGCAAAAAAGAAGGCUAAGAAACUGAAGGCACGGAUGAACUCAAGGGCAAAAGAAUAUGAAAGUGUAACGGAAGUGAAAAACUCCACCUGUGACUCCCCAUACAAAGCAAAGCUUCAGCGAUUAGUAAAAGACCUGCUAAAGCAGCUUCAAAUUCAAGACAGCAACAAAGUAUCUGUUCUGGAUAGGAUUUUGGGAGAAAUUUCACGUAUCCUGGAAAAAGAGAAUACAGCAGAUCAGGUUGCAUUUCACGUUGCAGGGGGAUUUACGGCCCUGGAGCAAGUCCUUCAAGUUGUAACAACUUCUGCCAGUCUGAAUGCAGUUUCACGAAUCCCUCUGAAGUCACUCUGCGGUACAAUAAACGCUUACCACCUGGCCUGCAGUAACUGCAUGGAAAACUGCACCUAUGCUUUGUUUAGCAACAAGAUUACUUUUUUAAUGGACCUGUUGAUGCACCAGUUAAUGGUUUACGUUCCAGAUGACCAUAAUUCUACAUUAGGAAGGACUGCAAGCAAGCAAGUGUUUGAAGGUCUAACCACUGGAGUUCUCAGAAUUGUGGCUGUGGUGUUUGGGUGUCUGAUCUCCAGUGUACCUUAUGAGAACAACCAGAUCUGUGCCCCAAAAUUAGUGCAAGAACCGAAAAACAAGUCCUUGCAAGCUGAAGCCUUUAACAGUAGGGUGCACGAUCUCAUCAGCUACAUGGUGAAUAUAGGAGUAAUUGAAAAGCUGUGUUGCUGUUUCCUUUCCAUCCAAGGCCCAAUUGAUGAAAACCCCAAAAUAGCCACUUUCUUGCAGAACGCCACUGCAGCAUUGCAUGGAAUGUGCCAGCUGUGUUUUACUGUCAAUGGCCGGUCUUGGACCAUAUUUGAUGAUGCUCGACAGGAUCCUACAGGGCUAACAGCUGUUCUCAAGGCUACAGACCUAGUUGGAGUGUUGCACAUGUUGUACUGUAUUCUUUUCCAUGGCACAAUUGCAGAUAUGAGCACGGCUAGCCCAAAAGAGAGUUAUGCAGAGAAUACUGUCCAAGUGGCUCUUCAGAGUUUAUGUUUCUUCAAUAGUUUUGCUGUUCUUGAUCUGCCAACUUUCCAGUCUAUUGUGGGCGCUGAAGGAUUGUCCCUUGCAUUCCGACACAUUAUAAGCUCUUUGUUGUGGCACUGUUCCCAGCAUACCUGUGAAGCACUAUUGCAUGAAGUCAUUGUGUGCGUGGGCUAUUUCACUGUAAACCACCCAGAUAAUCAGGUGAUUGUCCAGUCUGGCCGCCACCCCACCGUUCUCCAAAAGCUCUGCCAGCUGCCUUUCCAGUAUUUCAGCGAUCCUCGUCUAAUCAAAGUGCUCUUUCCGACGCUAAUAGCUGCUUGUUAUAAUAACCCACAGAACAAGAUAAUUCUGGAGCAGGAGAUGAGUUGUGUGUUACUCGCCACAUUCAUUCAGGAUUUCACACAAAGUUCAAGCCAGACAGAUAACCAGCCUUCUCAGCAAAGGGAAAAGAUCUUCAGUUCUCAAGAUUACUUUGAGCUCUCUAACAGGUUCCCUCGCCAAACUUGGGAGGAGGCACGACAGUUCUUCUUGAAGAAAGACAAAAAAUAAGGGCGGGGGAGUUUUUUUCUUUAAAUUUUGAAAGCAUCUAACCCUUUUCAGUCAGUAAACAAUUUGUUGUGUUCUUUAAGAAAGCUUUUUAAAAGAUUCUUUUGUACUAAAAAUGCAUAUAUUGUAGAUAAUGUUAUAUAAAAAUAUAAUUUGCACUAUUUCAGUCAGAACUGUACAUACUUUAAAAUCCUGUUUUUUGUCAUUUUGAAAAAAAAUCAUUAAUAAAUGCUACAUCAUGGUUCCUUGUACUGUAUACCUUGUGGUGCAGUAUGUCUGUAAAGCUGCUGAGGUUUGGUUCUAAAUAUAGAAAAUGGGUGCAAUUGACUGGGAAGUCCUCCUGGGCAAACCCCAUUGAAAUGAACGGGAGCUAUUGAGCUGAAACACUUUCCUCCUCCCAUUCAGUUUGCACCAGGAGAAUUUUCCGCAGGAAUAUAAGCAGGGUUGUGUCUGUAUAACUUGUAAUAAAAUAAUUUAUUCUGUUUUGUUGUCUGUUUUGUAUAAACUUUUAUACAAAUGUUCUUGGUGUAUUCAGUUAUUUAGAAAGCGCAAAAUCCUAAAUGUAGAUAAAUAAGCCAAGGAAAUUCUACCCAAAUGCUUGGCAAGACCAUUCAAGGCUCCUGGGCUUUGCUUCCAGUUUACUUUAAAUUUUGUGGGGAUGUUGCAGAAGAAUAUGUACAUUUUUAAAACAGCUGUUCUCAAUAGUUUGUAAGCAGCCAGAGUUUUCAUUAAACUUAUUA